AUAUCACGGGUUUGUCCUUUCGCUAUGUUUAAGCAUAGCGAAAGGACAUCAAAUAACAUUAGCAUCAUACGCGGAUUGCAUAACAAUUAUAGAAGAAACUAAAAAUGCAAUAGGUACGUACAUACUUGGCGGAAAAACGAAAAAAUGAACAAAAAUUAACGAAAUAUAGGUAGGUACCUACCGAAGUUAAAAAAAUAUUAGUCUUUUUUUUCUUGUGAACAACAUUUCUACCAUCAAUUUUACUCCAAUUUACAACGAUAGCACUUUUUCUAAAAGGAAAUCUAAGUGGGGAGGUACUUUAAAAGGGAAAUUUUUCGUGAUUUAGAUUUUUCCCAGUAAAUGUGAAAAACGGGUAAAUAGGGACCUUAUUAAACAAAUAUUAAAGAUAAUAUAAAAUGCCUAUGUAAUUAUUUUAAUAUAAUAUAACAUGUAUAAUGUUGAUAAAGCAAAAUUCGCUAUCAAGUAUCAACUAAACUCCGCUCAAAAUCGUUUAUUUGUUAUCAAUGGUUUAUCGUUGCCCAGAUAUACAUAUUAAAUUUCCCCUCCAUUACAUUCCCAACUUUUCACAUGCAACAGUGGCCCACCUACGUGCAAAGUUGUUUUUUAUUUUUUUAAUACUAACCAUUUGGUACUAUUAGUUCGUGGUAAGUACUAAGUAAAGAAAUUACUUAGGUAUUUAAUAUUAAUAUUGCAAUUUUUUUUUUUUUAUCAGUAGUAAUAUCAUAGAUAAGUAUACUAUAUUACCACUUUUUACAAUUUACUAGAUGGCGCCAUGGAAGACACUGCGCCCUGUGCAUGACUGCAUGAGCGCGUUGCACAGUCACAGUCUCGCCGGUCCAUCUCCGUUCAAAACGAUCAAACCUACAACGAAUUUCAAUUUGUAAUCAACACUAGUUUUUAUUACCAUAAAUGUAGCAAUAAUAAUCAUUUGAUUUUGAUUACUCUUGACACGCCCGUUUUUGAACACAACUAUCCCUCGCGUUGAAGGAAUCGUAAUUUGAUUGUAUUACAAAACAGAGAACAAUAAUAAUAAUAUGUUCAUAUCAUAAUAUUUAUUCCUAUUAUGUGCCUAAUGCAAUAUCUACCUAUCUCUGGCUCAAUUACUGUCUGAUUAUGAAUUUGCUGGCAGUAUAAAACUGUCAAGAAAUCACAGUCGCUGUACAUGGGUAAGAAAGAAUAUAAUACUCCGACACUAAUAUUAAAUAGGUAGUUCAAGACAUAGGUACAAAGUUUAUUAGUUUUUGACCAUAAGAGCUUAUUAAAAACUAUUAAAAGAGCAAUGGUAAAAAUAAUAUUUAAGCCGGAUUUGAGUUUUGGAGAUUUCUGAUAACUGCGGUCGGAAAUCCCUGACAUUUUCUUUAUGCGAGCUUCUUAUUAUGUUGUUUUUCUCAAUGAUUAACAUUGUGACAUCAUCAAUUUUUGUUUAUUUUUUUUUAGAUACUGCAAUGGCCCCAGUUCAGUCACAAGAUUUCUACUAUGAUUAUUUGUACACAAUCAAUCCAAUUGCAGAACGAAUACGCAAGGAUGUAGAUGCUACGAAAGAUGCAUAUCAACCCCUAUGGUGUGGUCUUAGUACCGAUGAACAAAAUAAAAUACUUGAAGAAUCCAUUAUAAGUCCUGAAAUUGUAUUGAAAUAUUCAAAGUACAACAAAUCUGAUGUAAGUCAUUUAAUAAUUGAGACUCCGUAUAAUAACACUAAAACAAAAAUAAUACUUGCCAAUCUUUUUUUUUUAUUUAUAGUUAAACCUUACCUACCUAAUUUAUUUCCUAUUAUUAAAUAAUUAUUUUUUAUUUUUCUUUUCGCUAGAGUAUAUUAAUUUAUCUAUAAACUAAUAUUUGUAUAAUAAACAGUAGUAUAGCACUUUAAAUAAUAUAUACUUAAUACAAGACAUAGAUUUAGCACGUACGGCACUAUCUUAGGCGUGUCUAGAUUUUGACAAGUAUAAGUUAUAUUUUUAAAAUUAAAAUUGCCUUACAUAAUUUUAUUAGUCUAUUCUGUGAUUUUAAAUGUUUGAAUGUCUCAAUAAAUUAAUCAAUGUUAAUUUGAUAUUCCAAUGUUUGUUCUAUAAACAUAAUAAGCAAAUCAUUUAAUUGUUUUUGUUAGAUUUUAUUACUCAACUUAAUUUUCACUAUAUUUAUUUUAGAAAACAAUUAUCCACAACUACUUGAUAGAGAUGACAACAAAUAAAUUAAGUGCUUGGAAAAAAUAUUAAAUAUUUUUUUCUAUCUUUAUAAAUAUAUAAUAUACUGUUCAUAAAAUUAUAAAAGAACCAAUUUGAUCCCAUGUGAUCAUUUAAUAUAAUUAUAUCUAGGUGUAUAAAAUCACAUUAUUUGAUUUCAUUGAACUCGAAAUAUGUUUAAUAAAUAUAUUCAAAAAGCUAUGAUUAAGAGUUCCUAAUUAAAAUUUAAAUAAUUGAAUUAAUAUUUUUAAUUUAUGCUAUUGGAAAAAAAAAAAAAAAUAGAUAAAUGGCAUCUCCAAAAUAUUAAUUUAUUAAUUUUAUGUUAUUUCGGAAAUUAAUUUGAAGACUAACUAGAUAUUUAAUAUUUGAAAAUUAUAAUAAAAUAAUAAAGUAAAAACAAAAUUAUUAAAUGGUUAAUACUUGUAAAUAAAUAUAUAAAUGAAUAUACAUAUCAUAAUACUCCAGGCAACGUAUUUAUUUAAAAUUAUUUUUUAUAUAGUUUAUAAUUUAAAAUUGAAAGUUAAAUUAACUUUAUUAUAUACUUUGGCCCACAAGAGAAUAACUCGACUCGUACAUCUAUAAUGAUGAUCGCGAGUUUAAUGAGGGUCGUUUUCUCCUAGCACUGCUACUUGACUGCGUAUGUGCAUAGUCACAUGCGCAGUGACGGAUCAUUUUUUUCGGUCAUGUAGCUGAAUAACUGGUUUUACAACCUUUUAUAAAUCAUAACCCCCAUUUUUUUUUUAUGUAAGACUCCUUCACUUAUGGUCCCUAAUAUAUACCUCUCCACUUGCAGGUUUUUUGCGAGACCCCCUAGUUGAUGACAACUGUUCCCUAACCUUAGAGGUUAAAUUUUGUGAUAUUAAGUAGAUAGAUGUUUUCCUUUUAUUACGAAUAUCAAAUGUGCAAAGUUUCAUCAAGAUCGGAUUAAAACUAGAUUUAUAUUUCAAACUGACAGACAUAUAAACUUACAAUUGUAUAUAACUAUAUGAUUUCAAAUUUUAAUUACCAAUACUACUAAAAAAAAAAAUGAAACAAAACAACCAAGUUAUUCAUUUACCCUGUCAAAAAAAAAUAAUUUGAAUAAUUCUCCAAAUCUCAAACAUUUACAUAGACAGAUGUUAAUUCUAAAUUUCCUUAUCACCCUGAUUAUCAUUUAGUUAAAAUCACUUAAAAGUGAGGUUGUAUUCAAAUUUUGAAAUUUUAUAACUGGAAAUGGUAAAUCAUAUAAAAAAAAAAGAAUUACAAAUUAUAUUUGUAUUAUAGUUUGAAUGUAAAUUUUUACAAAAGAUUAUUGCCUAAGUUAUUAAGAGAACAUUACCCUCAUCUGUCUCAGUCAAACUACCGGGUAACAUACAAAAACUAUGUUUACGCAAAAUAAGUAAAAUUAACUUAAUUCUGAUUUUAGAGUAAAAAUACCUAUUAUGAAAUUUAUAGAUAACAAUAUUUUGGAGGGAAUUUCAUAAGUGUUUGAAUUAUGAACUAUUAAAAAAGUUAAAGAUAUUUAAAAAAAGCCAAAAAAUAAAGGUUAUUAUAUUUUAUAUAUCGAACUGUAUAUUUUGAAUAAUAGUAAAAAAAAAAAUAUGACAUUCCCUCAUUAUAAUGUCUUCUUAAGUUAUAACCAAUUAAAUUAUUUUUGUCAUAAGUAAUAAAUCAGUUGGAGAAAAUUUUACUUUAGUGAUAGAGCUCUGCUACUCGCGUUUUUUAUUUUCAGUAAUAAAAAUAAUUUGUUAUCACAAAAAGUUUAUUAUUUUUUUUUACAGGAAAAAUUAUCAGAAGGUGGAUUUUCUUGGUUUACACGGAGUCAGUUAGAUUUAUGCAAACACGUGGACAGUGUGCGAGAAAACUUUUCAGCUAAUGAAUGUAAAACUACAGUUAUAAAACGAAUAGGUAAUAAGGAUCAACAAGAUAACAAGCUCAUCAAUAAAAUUAAGUCACAUGCAUUGUUUAAAUCGCUAAUGCCAACUGAAGAUAAAAGCAAAAUCGCUAAAGGCGAUAGGAUAAAACCCAAAGGUCCCCCUCCGCCACCGCCACAUCAAGUUGUCAGUAAUCCUAAAGAAACAAUUCAUGAGUUUGCACCUAAUACUUAUGCUGAUGACGAUGAUGAUAUUCCAAAGACUGGAUUUGAUUUUUUAGAUAAUUGGUAAUCAUUAAUUAUUGUAGAUGUGCUAUAAUGUGAAUGAGUUAAAUUGGAUUAUAUAACUAUUUUUUCGCCCAAUUUAAAUUAUUUUAUCUUAUAAAAUUCUUUAUGCAUUUUAUAUUUGUUUUACAUUGUUGAUCAAUUUUUCAUACUUAUUUUCUUAAAUUAACUUUGUAUGUGUUUAAUUUUGUUAUACAAAUAAAUUAUUCAAGAUUGUUUUUUCACCAUUAUUACAGUAUUUAUUAGAUAUUAAAAAUAAGUUUUUAUUAUUAUAAAAUUAAAUUAAUUCCAAAAAAUUAGCUAAAUUGUAAUUUGAUGAUUCAACCAGUUUUUUUUUUUCUUAUCAAUGGUUAUAAAUUGAAAUAUAAUACUAUGUAGAUACUAAUUCAUAUUAAUUAAGUUAACAAAAAAUUACAAAAUAGAUAGUCAUGGAAUAAUCAAUUAUAUUGAUUUUAAAAUAGAUACUGUUUAUUUCAUUGGUGGGUACACAGUUUUUUCUCUUAAUCAUUAAUAUGAUCUAUUAUUAAAUACCUAAUAUUACUCAUUUUAAUGUUUCUUGUAUUUAUUUUAAUAAUUUAUGUCAUGAUAGUUGUUUUUGUUUAACAUGAUACAUUGGCACAUACAACCAUUGAUUAUAAAGCCAUUUAUUUUAUUCAUAUACACAUAGUAACUGUUAUGAAAUAUUUCAAAUAUCAUCAACAAUUUUAAAUUGAUCAUUUGUUUGUUUUUUUUUCUGUCUAGUAGUCAAGUUAGUAGUAGUGACUGGCACUACUAGAUAUAUUUUAAAAUAACCUAUUAUUAUUUAUCAAUUCAUAUUGUAUUUUAAAAAUGUAUAAUAUUGCAUUUAAUGUCUUUUAUUUUAUCUGAAUGUUCAAGUUGCACAUUCUUCCUUUUGGUUUCCAAUUAUUUAUUUCUAAAUUCAUAAUAUCUUGUGCAAUGUUUAAAAAUGAGAAUGACAAAUUUGAAAUAUUUUAUGCAAAAAUGUUAUGUACACAAUUUUAACAAUUUAUGAGAAAUAAAUUAAUAAUCUGUUAAAAGCACUGGGUGCAUUAUUAGUUUAAAAUGAAAAAAAAUGUAACAUUUUAAAUUUUAUAAAUAAUUAUGUGAUUCAAAAAGUUGUUAAGACAGGUUUUUACUUAAAAAAACACUUAAUCUAAAAAGAGUUUAAAACAUAACUAAUUAUCCACCUAGCAUAUUCUAUAAUAGUAAUUGUACACAUAUAUGGCUAUGCCUAAUUGUAUAAUAAAAUUACAAAAAAAUCUACAAAUUACAACCUAAAUUAAUAAAUUUAUUUUAUCAUAAACAUUACAUAAAUUAAUGACAAAAUGUAUUCAUUUCAAACUGACUAGUAUCAAAAGUUAUGCCUAAAUUAAAAAUAGUUAUGUAAAUCUAGCCAUUUAUUAUAUAAGGAAAGUUAGUAAAUAAACGUAAAAAAUAAAUUACCAUUCAUGAUGAAUUAACUAAGUGUAAAAUGGAACAAAUAUUUAGAUAUUAGUAUAAUAAAGCCGUGUUAUUUACAUGGCAUGUAAAUUUUAUAUAAAAUAAUAUAGUUUAGUCAAAAAAUUAUAGUGAUAAUAUAUAAUAAUAAAACAUUUUUUUUUUUUUAUAUGACUCAGCGUGCAACAAUGCCAAAAGUCAUUCCUACAACAACACCAAUUAAGUAAGAUGCUAAGAAUACAUGAAUUUCUUGAAAAACAAAUUCGUCCUCAUCACCAGAUAAACGAUUAAACCAACGUUUAGCUUUACGUUCCUUCUUCCUCAACAAGUCCUCGGCUUUAUCAAGUUUCUUGUCAACAUAGCGUUCCAUCUGAAAUCGGUCCAUACAUCAUCAAAUAUAAAUUUUUUGUGGUAAUAAACACAUUUCAGAUGGAUCGAGUUUUUGUAAAAUAAUUUUAAUAAACAUAUUAUUAUUGUUAUAAAAUCAAGAUUUCUGUUUAAAAAUACAUUUGUUAAAUAGCUUUACUGAGAUAAUAAUUAAAAUUUAGUUCAAAGAAUUCUUUUAUGUUGUCAACAAGAAAUCUGUCUAUGAGUAGGCGACACCAAGGAAGAAACCACCCGUAAAUCCAGCAGCCAUAAUAGUGUUGGUUUCUACAAUGUUUUUGACCUAAAAGAGAAUCGAUACAUAGAAAAUACAUAGAUCUUACCAUGACUACAAAGACGUGAAGUUUAUGUAAACAAUAAAUUUGAUAUUUUCAUUACCUUUUUUAAUAAUCCUUUCUUCUUAUCGCUAGUGCUAUCUUCGACUUGUUCAGCGACUCUUUCCACACCUCUAGUUAAUUUAUCCCAAUUAAUUUUUAUGUACCCGCUUGAAUUGGCUAACUGUAAUGCUAUAAUGCCACUACCAAGAGUGAAUGCAGCAGCUUUGCCCAAUUUCAUCAUGACAAAACCAGUGACCCUGGAAUAAUAAAAUAUGUAAGUACUUCAAACUCAUUAAAACCAAGGAAAAAUGUUUAUAUUAUAAUCAAACCAUCCUGAUGCUGAACCAAAAAUCAAUUGUCUAGUAGCAGACUUUUUGCCUACAUCCUUAAUGAUUUUUUCAAUUAAAGAUUUUGCUUCUUCGGCGGUCUUUUCCAAAUCGAAAUUAUCCGAAGUGGAUGGCCUAUCAUCAUUUCUAUCCACAACUGCUGGUGUCAUUUCUAUUUGAAUAAAAUAAACAAUGAUCAAUUAAAAU